AUGAGGGACUGGACGUUGCCUGACCGCAGUUUGGACAGUAAACGCACCCAUGUGGGGAGCGCGCCCCUGAUAUGCUGGGUGAUGGAUUUCCAGGCUGUCACUUUAAUCUGCUGCUGCUGCUGCUUUCCCCUCAUCCUGCCCGUUACCCCAGAUGUUGUUUGUAAACCUGGCUGCCACCCAGUGAAUGGAUUUUGUGAAAUUCCUAGUGAAUGCAGGUGUCAACCUGGGUGGCAAGGAGUGCUCUGUAAUCAGUGUGUUCCUUUUCCUGGUUGUGUGCAUGGCAGCUGUGCCAAACCAUGGCAAUGUGUCUGUGAAGAAGGAUGGGUUGGCAGCCUUUGUGACAUAGAUAUUCACCCAUGUUCUUCAAAACCCUGCACCAAUAACUCAACAUGCAUAGAGACUGGAGAUGGAGGAUAUAUUUGUUUGUGUGCCAAGGGAUUUACAGGAAAAAACUGCCGUCUGAAAAAAGGACCCUGCAUUAUUAAUGGCUCUCCCUGUCAGAAUGGGGGAACAUGUGUUGAUGACAAUGGAUUUGCGCCUCAUGCCUCCUGUUUAUGCCUUCCAAGUUUUGCUGGCAAUUUUUGCGAAAUAGAUGUAGAUGACUGUGAACCCAACCCAUGUGAAAAUGGAGGAACGUGCAUGGAUAUGGGUGGAGGCUUCAACUGUCAUUGCCCUAUUGGCUAUAUGGGGAAAUCCUGCAGCAGCCGUGUCAUAUUCUGUGCUAGCAGUCCAUGUGAGAAUGGAGGAACGUGUCAUGAGCAUCCUGAAGGAGGAUUUGAAUGUGUUUGUAAGCCGGAAUUUGUUGGUGUAACCUGCACAUAUCUCAGCAGAAACACAAGUCUCCAUGGUGUGAAUACAGAGGCCAAACAUGGGCAGAGUUAUAAUCUACCACCAAAUGCUCAUCCAAAGUCAGUACCUCACCAAGAACAUAAAGUCUUGAAGAUAACAAUGAAAGAAACAAUCCAAAACACAGACCCCUUGCUUAAUAAAAGUCAGGUGAUAUGUUUCAUUGUGCUAGGCUUGCUUACAUGUCUUGUUGUGUUGGGUACAACUGCGAUUGUAUUUUUUUCCAAAUGUGAAAUGUGGCUUGCUAAUGCCAAAUAUAGCCAUCUCCUACGCAAGAAAAAGAAUUGCUUUCUUCAAGCUAACAAUGGGGAAAACCUUUCAGUUAACAUAAUUUUCCCAGAGAAGAUCAAACUCACUAACUACACCAAGAACUACACCGCCAUCUAG